CUAAGUGAGUCCAAAGGUUUAAGCAUUCUUUCGUGCUCAAAAAUCCCCAAUUCGCCAAGCUCGUCGAAGCUCGAAACCCUAAAGUUCUGAAUCGAUCCUGAUCGAAUCGAAGACCGUAUCGUUUCUGGAUUGGCUGAUAGCUACUCGUUAAACUCGAAAUCGUAAUCGGAAUGGGCGGUACGGACGCGAAGGACAUCCUCGGGUUGCCGAAGACUCCACUGUCUUUAGCUCAGGAGAAGAGAUCUCGACCCCAGAAGGAGUCCCAUCGAAAACCCGAUGGCAUUUCUCGCGAGGUAGCUUGGCAAUGGCUUCCCGUCAAGAGUUCUGCUAGGAGUGAUGAUUUGCAGCUCUUCCAUUGGGUAUGUUCCUUAGCUUUGGAACCUUAUUACACAAAGGUUGAGCAUUUGAUUCUUUCUAAUGUCAUGUGUAUUGUCAGGUUAGAGUGGUUAAUGAUGUUCCACCAUCAGUCAGUUGAUGUCCUGAAAUACACUGACGAUGAGUAUGAGAACCAUUUAACGGACCCUGUGUGGACCAAGGAAGAGACAGAUCAGUUGUUUGAAUUGUGUGAAAGGUUUGAUCUCCGUUUCACUGUGAUUGCUGAUCGCUUUCCAUUAUCCCGGACUUUAGAGGAAUUGAAGGAUCGUUACUAUAGUGUAACUCCGGGCCCUGCUGCGUGCUAGAGCUCAGUGUUGGCAAACCAUCCUCUUAUAAAGGUUCCAUGUAUAAAAUCUAUCUCACAUCAAUUCACAACUUGUGUCCUUUUAUGGCCUGGUUUUGAUGUGUCACGUAAUUUCAGCUACAGUAUAAAGAAUCAGAAGGUUCAUCACACCGUGAAGGGACAUAUGCCGCAAUGCCGGAUACUCCAAAGGUCAGCAUCAUAACUUGAAUCGUCAAUUCUUACUGCAGUUUCAUCCUUGUAUGGAUAUAUUAUCUCUAAUCCUUUGUGUAUGAUCAGGAUCGCAUCUGAGCCAUUCAGUUUUGGAGCUGAAAGACCAAUCAAGAAGGAACAAAAGCGCAAGGUAAUCCAGAUCAGAGUCUAGUCUUUGUAUCAUAUAUAUGGAUUUCUAUGAAAGUAUAUAAACCCUACAGGGUCCUGGAAGACAAUCAGAUACUCCUUCACCAGCUCAUAAGAGGCCCAGAAAAUUGAAAGCAUCUGAUCUCUGACUGCAAUACUGAUUUCCAAUUUUUUUUUUUUGAAUAAAUUUUAAAUUUUAUUUAUCCAAAACUUUUGUACAUAAGAAUGUGUAAACACUGUGAUUGAAAUAAAAACAAAGACAUUAUUCUAGUAUUUAA